UGUGUGAGAGUCAGCAAAGCCUGUCGGGCAGUACAGCGUGUGUAUAGAUGUUUUUUAGUGGAACGGGGCAUAUUUAGGAGGAAUGGCAUGACUGGACUUUGAUUUAAGCAACAGGAUCAGAUCGUUCGUUCUUCUCAAGAGGUUUUGUCAGCAGCCAUGGCGUCCCUCGGACAGAUCAUCUUCUACAGCAUGAUUGCCCUCAUCAUCUUAUUCUCGGCCAUCAUCAUCCUCAUCUUAGCCUUGACCUUCUCAAACUCCUUGCCUGGGCUGAUGAGCAGCAACACAUUGCCCAUUGCCAACCUUGGUGACGAUGAGUUUCUCAGCUGCUAUCUCCCCACGUCAAGUGAACAAGGCUCGAUCGGACAGGUGUCGGUCACCUGGACGAAGACGGGGCUGAGUGGACUUGUUUACCAGUAUGAGAACGGAGCUCCGGAUAUCGGGGAGCAGAACUCACAGUUCAAAGGGAGAGCUGAGCUCUUCCCUGAUGCUGUAGCCGUAGGGAACGCCUCCCUGCUGCUGAGGGAUGUGAGAGGUAGUGAUGCGGGGGAGUACACCUGCAGCAUCAGCUCCUCUGCAGGCGGAGGAAAGCUCAACAUUCAGCUCCGGACAGCAGCCUUUUCAGCCCCCAUGUUUAAAUUCUCCAAUGGCAGCCUGUCUGCUGAGGCAAGCAGGUGGUUCCCUAAACCCAACGUGACAUGGUCGAACUACAACGGGACCGUCCUGCAGGGAAGCACCAACUUCAACCAAAACUCUGCAGGGAUCUUCAGUGUAGUCAGCAUGCUGCAGUCAGUCAACGUCAGUGACGCCUACACCUGCAGGAUUGAAAAUAACCUGGUGGCCGCCAUCUCUAAGGCAACCAUAACAGGCUCUGAAGUUUUGGGAAAAACAUACUUCAUCUACAGCACUGCAUCAUCCCUGCUGGCAUCAGCUUACCUGAGCAUCAUUACCAGUGUGGUCUGCAUCUAUUAUCUGUCCUAAUUACACACACACACACACACAUAGUCCACCUGACUUUGUUUUUUUUUGUGUGUGUACUUUUAAAAAAAAAGUUUGACAGUACAUACAAGCAGUAUUUAUUUGUUUUUGUACAUUGCUUACUGCAGUGGGUGUAACAGCAUUUAACUGGUGCAAAUAUUGCAUUUUCUUAGUUAACUUUUGCACUUCACUUUUACUUUCUGAAAUCUAUGUGUCAUGUUUUUAGUGAAGGCUCCAUCUAGAUUAUUCGUCAAUAAACAUAUUUAAAUUCCUUAUCUUAGAGUUUGUUUUGUUUUUGUUUUUUGUCUGUCUAUAUUACACAAAAUUGAAUGUAGAAAAAAAAGAAAUUAAAUGAGAAGGAAUGAAACUCUAUGAAAUUUAAGCAUAUAAUGACUGAGACCCAUAGAGAGGGUGUAUUUUAUCAAAUUUGCAUUGCAAUGACCGUUUAUUGUAUUACUGAGUUAAUUAAUAAAUACAA